AUGUAAAGUCAUCCUAUGGUUAUGGUUCACCCUAAUAUUCAGAAGCAGAACUGUUAAAUUAAAAAAACUCAUUAAACUCAGAACUUUCCUUCUAAGUUAACUCAAGUACUUUAGAAUUCAUUAUUUUAUAUAGAUGGGAGAUUAUCUAAGGAGCUUAAUGAAUGUUCAAAACAUUUGGGAAUUACGAGAGUUGAUGUAAUUCAACAAGACAUCAAUCAUCAAUCUGAUCUAUCAUAUUUAGAAGAUCAUAUUAAAAAUUAUGAUGUGAUACUUCAAAAAUUUAUGUAUGAUUUGACUGCUAUGGAUGCCAGAAUUUCAAUGGUCAAUCGUCUUGCAGGAGAAGAAAUGAAUAAUAUCUUCGUUUGUAUUAAUAAGGUGGAAGUGCUAUUAAUAUCAAAAGCGCUUUUAUUGAGUUGUAGAAGGAAGAGUUUAGGAGAGAAUUAGAUUACUGAAUGA